AUGAAUGGUAUCAUCCAUAACUGUACCCAUAAGGAUGCGGGCGAGGAUGUAUCAUUCCGUCUUAGCGAGGAGGAAAUGUUCAUUCGCAUAUUCAACUACAUUGAGCAUUUGUUUGGAAAGAUUAAGCCCAAACAACUCUUCUUCAUGGCUAUUGAUGGUGUUGCGCCACGAGCCAAGAUGAACCAGCAACGUUCUCGACGUUUUAGGACUGCCCUAGAUGCUGAGAAGGCCCGUGAAAAGGCCAUCAAGGAAGGUGUUGAGAUUCCCAAAGAGGAACCGUUCGACAGCAACUGCAUCACCCCUGGAACGGAGUUCAUGGCAAAAUUAUCCCAGCAAUUAAGGUAUUUUGUCAACAAGAAGGUGUCCGAGGACACAGAUUGGCAGGGUUGUGAAAUUGUGCUAUCCGGCCACGAAGUUCCUGGCGAGGGAGAGCACAAGAUCAUGGAAUAUAUUCGAAAUGCUAAAGCUCAGCCGAACUACAACCAAAACGUCAGGCACUGUCUUUAUGGUCUUGAUGCUGAUCUGAUCAUGCUCGGUCUGCUCAGCCAUGACCCUCAUUUCUGUCUUCUCCGAGAAGAGGUUACAUUUGGACGGGCGUCAAAGACCAAGUCCAAAGAACUCGAGCACCAGAACUUCUAUCUGCUUCAUCUUUGCAUAGUGAGGGAGUAUUUGGAGAUGGAAUUUCAGGAGCUUCAAGAGGACGGGGCCCUGAGUUUUCCCUUUGAUCUGGAAAGAGUCAUUGAUGACUUUAUUUUGAUGGCGUUCUUCGUGGGAAACGAUUUCUUGCCCAACUUACCCAGUUUGCACAUUAAUGAAGGUGCUUUGGCGAAAAUGUUUAGAAUCUACAAAUCUAUCCUCCCAAAAUGCGAUGGAUACAUGAACGAGAAUGGAGUUAUCAAUAUGGAGCGACUACAGCGCCUCCUCGGCGAACUUUCCAAGACCGAAAUCGAUGCAUUCGAGAACGACGUAUCCGAUGAAAAAUGGUUCGCGUCGAAACAGAUGGAAAAGAAACUCGAAAACAAAAACGCCGAAGCGAAAGCGCCCAAAGGGGGUCAGCUGGUGAUCACCUCAGCGCAGCGCGAUUUAUGGAAACAAAAGAUUCGACCCUACAUUUCGAAACGCUCCGAACAACCUUUGGACCUCGGUACAAGUCUCAAGGCUGCUGAUCGUAAGUUUGUUCAGGAUUUGGCUGAUUCAAUGCACCUCCAGUGGUCCACUAAGGAGGACGAUGAGGGGCACCGUCAUCUGAUUGUAUCUUUCCCCCCGAAGGUCAAGGAUGAUGCCGACGACGACGAAGAGGAUGACGAUGACGAUGAGGAGGGCAAUCUAGCUGCCUACCGGGUAAUGAAGACGUACGACAAGGCAUUGGUGAUCGACUUGACUCCCGAAGAUGCUCAGAAGCAUUACGAGAAGCUCUACCAAGACAAGUACCAGGGUUGGAAGACAAAAUACUAUCUCCAGAAGUUUGAAGAGUGGGCACCUGACAAUUACGACAAGGAGCUUACAGCGCUUUGUGAGAACUACGUCCAGGGUCUUCAGUGGGUCUUGUACUACUACUAUCAAGGAAUUGCAUCAUGGCCUUGGUUCUACGGGUACCAUUAUGCACCUCUUAUCUCAGAUGUCGUCAAGGGUGUUGGUGCGGACCUCAACUUCAAAAAAGGCCAACCUUUUUUGCCGUACGAACAACUCAUGGGUGUGUUGCCGGACCGGAGUAAGAAGAUCGUCCCUAAGGUUUACCACGACCUGAUGACGAAUCCUGAUUCUCCAAUCAUUGACUUCUAUCCACGAGACUUCGAGCUGGACAUGAAUGGCAAGAAAAUGGACUGGGAAGCAGUUAUCAAGAUUCCCUUCAUCGACGAAAAGCGCUUAUUGGCCGCGAUGGCCCCCAAAAAUGAGUUGCUGGAACCUGAUGAGAAGGCUCGCAACGGGUUUGGCGUUCCUCUGAAGUUCACAUAUUCCCCUGAAGUCGAUUUUGUGUAUCCUUCACCACUACCUGGUGUUUUCCCUGAGAUCCAGAACUGUCGCUGUAUUGAGAAUAUCUUCGACCUUCCGGACAUGGAGGGACUUGAAUACUUGUCAGGCUUGACUAACGGUGCUUUGCUAAGCGUCGAUGCACUGGCCGGCUUCCCUUCGCUGCACACCCUUCCGUAUACCGCCCAACUCGUUGAAGGGUACGGUGUUAAUGUAUUCCAGGCUGACAGCAGAAACCCAAGCAUCUGUGUCACACUGACUGAAACCGAGAAUCGUACCAAGAUAGAAACUUGGAAGGCCAAAAUAGGCCAUCGAUGCUUCGUUGGAUACCCAUUCCUUCAGGAAGCCAAAGUCAUCAAGGUGCAAGACGAACUUUUCAGCUACGAAAUGGCCGAAAACGGCAAAGACAUUGUGACAAAGGACCACAAUAACAGGGAGGCUGCCGAUUGGGCCAAGGAAGCUGAUUACCUGGAGAACUGGCAUGCCAAACGCUUAGCAAUCACCAUCGGACAGGUUGAGUGUUUGGUAUAUGUCCAUAUGCUGAAGGGCCUCAUUCGUACGGAGGAGGGUGCCCUGAUUAAAGAGUAUGCCGAGAAUCCCAGCCUGAGAAGCACCUAUGCUGCGCAAACCAUUGUUGACGAGGUCGUUAACGAAGAUGAGCGCUUCAUUGAAAAAGAGGCGUUGCCAAUCGAGGAAGAAUUCCCUCGGGGUACUCGUGCAUUCUUCCUGGGCGAGUACGCAUACGGACGUCCCCUUGAAGUCGCUGCCCACGCCAAUAACAAGGCUGAGAUCGUUGUUUCGAUGCUGAAGAAUAAGGAACCGGACUUUGCGAAGCAAAUUAUCCACCAAGCAGAACGCUCCAACCCCUACACCCCUUCUUUUGCUGUUGCCAAGCAGUUGGGAAUCCAUCCUCUUGUCCUAAGCAAGAUUACGUCUUCGUAUCAAAUUAUCAAUUCUGCUGGACUUCGACUGAAUUUGGGACUGAAUUUGAAAUUUGAAGGACGAAAACUCAAGGUUUUGGGGUACUCAAGGAAGUCUCACACGGGUUGGGAAUUCAGUGGCAUGGCAAUCAAGUUGAUUGCUGACUACAUGGUUGCCUUCCCCGAUUUCUUUGCUGCCAUCCAGAGGGAACCUCAGAAGAGCGAGGUUCUCGAAACAGAUCUUUGGAAUGACCCCAGUGUUGCUUCGCAGAGAGUUAAGGAGAUUGUGGCCUGGCUCAAGAAGCAGGAGACCAGCAAGUUCGAGCGUGUUCCUUUAGAAGCUGAGCAACUCGACUCCGAGGUUGUCAAGGCCCUGGCUAAUGUCGGAGAACAAAUUCAUGCUGCUUCUCAAGAUAUUGAUAUCAAGAAACUGCGUGGCGUUCCUCGUUCAGCGCUUCUCAAGCCGUCAGAUGCUGAGAUGGUGCUCGGCAGCCAGAACUUUGCCCUGGGAGAUCGGGUAACUUACGUCUCUGCCGCUGGAAAAGUUCCUAUCGCGACUCGUGGAACUGUUGCUGGUAUCAGCCGCACAGCUACCGCUCUGCUUUUAGAUGUUGUCUGGGACACAUCGUUCAUGAGUGGCACCACGCUUAAUGAGAGAGCUCCAAUGUUCCGCGGACAGACUGUGGCAUCUUCUUCGGUCCUGAAUACCACGAACAAACAAGUAAUCUCAACCACAAGCAAGUCACAACAGCGACGACCAGUCAUUGCCGCCCAAGGUGGAUAUGCGAAUGUUGGCGUCACUCAGUAUAAGGAUGCUCCAGCACCUGGUCCGCUUCGCGGUGGGUGGCGCGGAGCCUUGAAUGGCUCCAACUCACCAGGACGCAACUCCCCUGGACGAGGACGAGGCAAUGGCGCUCGUGGAGGUGCCCCUAACCUCAUGCACAGCACCUUGGUUUACCGAAAUGGCCCUCCCGACGGCGCGACUCAAGGCCAGGACGCUAAUGGGCACGGAACUCGAGGUAGAGGAGGUCGUGGUCGCGCACGCGGUACACAUCAUAGUUCUCCAGGUCCUGAUGGGCACCGGGGGGUCGAGCCUCCGCAGGAACAGAGAUAUGGCAAUGUUCCACCACCAGCCAGCCUUGACUCACCUCGAGGCAGGGGCCGUGGACGUGGACGUGGUGGAAGAGGGCGAGGCGGGGCCAGCCGCGGACGAGGCAACGGAGGAGCUGCUGCUGAUGGAACCCAAGGCUAG